UCAACUAAAAACUUUAAGUGCGUCCCACCAAACUUUAAUGAGUGCCAAAAAUGUGGCAACGACUAGGCUUCAGAAACCCAUUUCUGAUGCUACUAUUGACCCUAAGGUGUCGUCUGCUGGCAAUAAAACCAGUUCUGUCAAAGCAGAGAUUGUCAUAGCAAAGCAUGUUUCCAGCAAUAGACUUGGUUCCCAGUUCAUUAGCACUAGUAAGGAUGCCACUUUGGGUGAUAGCAAUCAUCCUGGUGUUCUUGACUCUGCUAUUAUGAAAACAAUGGAGGUGAACAAAAGCAAAACAAAUUCUGCAAAACCAAGUGAUGCAAAGUCGGUGCGUAUUUUGGAGAAAAGGAUGGAAUGUCCUUUAAAUGUUUCAUCUAAAACAACCAACUUGGCCAGCAUUGAGAAGAAAUCUUCUUUAUCUGCAUCUUUGAAGCGGAAAAUAGACGAGGUUUCUUAAUGCCAUUUCUAUUUAUUUGAUACACUUUG